UAUUUCUUUUGAUGUUCUUCAUACAAGUUAAAACGCAGCAUGCAAUUCGAAGUUUAAUAUUUUAAACAGCGAAACUAAAGGCCCGAUUCAGAAGUAUUUUUAUUAUGCAUAUAAUAGUUAUGAGCGAUUUGCUUCUGCAAGUGGCAUUUGAAUAAACACCGUAUUGUUUGUUUUUAAUAUUUAAAACAUGGUGCAACAUAUGGUAUAGAAACUUUGAAGACAGGCAUGAGUUUUUAGUUGACGUGUCGAGCUGUAAAUAUUGAAGACUUUGUUUUUACGUAGUUACUGUACGUGUGCUUGGAUUAAGUAAGAUUUGCUGUACUUGAGAACGUAUUAUGAUUUGUUUGAGUAAGCUAGUCGGUACUAGUAUUGGUCAUUAAAGUUAAUGCGUUUAGGUAACAGAUUGUAAACUCUAAGGGGUGGGUUCGAAAAACAAAUCGAAGCGUCGUGAAGUUCACGAUAAACUCUUUUUAAAAUUAAAGUUUCAAAUAAAUGUUUUGGGUGUUUCGAUAAUUGCCAUUACACUUUGCAUGUCAAAUGUAUACACGCCUUGCACACUUAUUUAUGAACUAAUGCCAAUGGGCAAUGUUUACGUCUCCGUUAAUGAGCUCUCGCGUGUAUGGGCACUGUAUGCGACUUGCAUUCUGCUAACUUAGAGGACUUUAUUGUUGUUAUGUGCAUGCUUUGUAUGUAGCAGUACACAGACAAUUCUCCAAUAUAUUGCGACAUAUUAAUUGAUUGAAACCCACACAUGUAAAAGUUAGUACUCUACAUACCUUUGUACUUCAUGGUAAGACGGUUCAUGGUUUAUAUAAGAUGGUGAGAACCACCUGUAUUGUAGGGUAGCAUGGCGGUAUACCACAUGCAUGAACCACGGAUUUGGGAGAUGCAAUUAAGCGUUGGUGAAAGGAGGGCAAAAAUAACAAAAGAUACUGGCCCUUUAAGGCAGUCAAGAUUUGCCGGAGCAGCUUGCUUGAACCCUGACCAGAUCACACAAGUUCCAGAUUUACAUGGCCUCCCAGUCCAUGCUGAUUGUCCUCGUGGGAGCAGAGCCAGAGUAUCGCAUAGACAAGGAAGAAACUUGGAGCUCCCCUGAAGACCUCAUUAAACAUGUGACUUUUACAGAGGACCUCCAUUCCAUUGUAACUGAGUGGUUUCUCAUCAAGCACCAAGCCUAUAAAGUGAGCCUUGUUGGAUCUCUGUUUUUCGCUGGAGUUCUCAUUGGUAAUGUUGUGUUUGGACCUCUUUCUGACAAGAUUGGAAGGAAACCAGUUUUUCUUACAUGUUUGCUGCUUGAGGUCAUUUUCGGAUAUGCAACAGCAUUUGCCACGAACUAUGAAGUUUUUGCUGCUUCCCGUCUCUUCGCGGGUAUUAUGAAUGGUGGAAUGGCGUUGGUUUCUUUUGUACUUACCCAGGAGUACGUAGGCAAAUCAUACUGGGCAUUAACUGGCACCUUGACCAAUAUGAUGUUUGCAGUUGGAAUCGCUGUGUACGCAGCCAUGGGUUACCACAUCCGGCAAUGGCGCACCCUGGCAAUGGCUGCCAAUACCCCUGGGGUCCUGUUGUUUUUUCUCUGUUUAUCGCUGCCAGAGUCUCCUAGGUGGCUCUACUCACAUGGACUCACGGAUAAAGCUGAGGAAGUGAUGCAGGAGAUGGCGAUUAGAAAUGGAAACAGAGUGACAAUCAAACUGAAAAUGUGUGCAGGGACGGCAAAGACAGGGGGAUCGAGCCCCAGCCUCCUGGACCUGGUGAAGCACCCCAUCCUGCGCUGGCGCACUGUCAUCUUGAUGUAUGUGUGGUAUGUCUGCAGUCUGGUCUAUUAUGGAUUAACAAUGAGCGCAAGUGAACUGAAAGGAAACCGUUACUUGAGUGUUGCAAUGUAUGGGCUUGUGGAGCUGCCAGCUUACCCACUCUGCAUGUACUUCAUUAACAAGCCCUGGGCAGGGAGACGAAAAACUACAUCUGGAUUUUUGGUGUUUGCAGGAUUUUCCUGUAUGAUUACAAUAUUUUUACCAGAACAUUCUGGUUCAUGGUUAAAUACAACUACCUUGGCAUUGCUAGGCAAACUAACUGUCAGUGCAGCCUUCAACAUUGUGUAUAUCUACACGUCAGAACUUUACCCAACAGUAGUGAGGAAUGCUGGGCUUGGGGUUUGCUCUAUGUCUUGCCGUAUCGGAGGAAUUUUAGCUCCUUUUGUGCCUUCAAUGAAAACUCUCAACCAGUCUAUGCCUUACAUGGUGUUUGGUCUAAGUGGAAUAUCUGCUGGUUGCCUUGAACUUCUCCUGCCAGAAACACUCAACAAACCCAUCCCUGAGACCAUAGAUGAGCUUCAGACUGCAACAUACCAACGGCUAGAAGAGAAAAUGGUUUACCCUCGAGAUGAAAACUGUUCACCUACCAAAAAGUGAACUGCAGUGGAGUCAAUGGUGGCUUUCCCAUUGGACCGUGGAGCUGUGAGGAGAGGAUGGGGGGACGGGGGGUGGGGAACGAUGACAUUCCAAGAGAGCUGAUUCCAGCCAGGGGUGUCCAAUCACAGUGCAGGAGGGCCAUUCCACUCCAGGUUUAAUAGGUAAAAUGACAUCAUUAACUGCUUCAGUGUCUGGAUGGUUUAAUUUAGUUUAAUUUAAAACAAUUUAGAACAGGUUUGGACCAAAGACCAGGAGUGGAAGGGCCAACUUCGGCCACCCCUGCUUUACUUUAUUUGCCAGAUUUUUAACUUGCUGAAGAGAAAUGUACAACAGUUUUCUAUUUUUUUAAACUCUGAAAAUAAUUUGAUAAUGUUUUUGUAUUUAAAAACUUUGAUUGGAUUUACUAAUAUAUAUUUACAAGGGGCAUUGUGUAUAAUUGUAUCUUAUUUUUAUUCAGACAUUGUGUGUGGUGGUGGGGGGGGGGGGGGUCUAUUAAGUUGAUCAGAACAGCUAAAUCUGAAUACCACCCGUUUUAAUUUAUCGACCUUUGCGUAUCAAGUUUAAAAUUCAAACUUGCAUGCAUGUAAGUCUCUGUUUUUAGUUUUUAGUUUUCGAUCUAUUGUAAAAUAUUUAAAAUGCCAGGGAAAAUUUGUAUGAUUAUAACUAUGUAGUAUUUAGACCUUUUGGCAUUAAGAUCAAUUGAAUUGACCCCCAUGGGAUACAAAUCAGGACCUCUAUUUAACUUGUUAUAUUGUAUACAGGGGGUAAAGUAAGUGGUUUCCAUCAGGACUUUCAAAAGUGACAAUUUCGCUACUGGAGUACUGUACCUGCAUUGCUUUGAACAGAACCAUUUCAACAGAAAAGGGUAGUUUUUUUUUUUUGGUCUACUUAAUUUAUUCAGCCUAUUCAUUUUUUUCAUAGUACCUUUUUUCUUGUUUAAGAUGUAAUGUCUUAUAAUAUGUUUGUGUUAAGUGGCUUCCUCUAAUGGUAUUGUAGUGGUUUAUUUUGCACCGUUAGUAUGACAGACCCAGGACAACACUAUAAGCCACUAUAUAUUAGAGUAAGCCACAGAACACUUAGAAGCUUAAAAGAGGACAAUAGGUAUUAAAAAAUGAGUGCUGAUCGGGUUGAUGUAGACCAGUGUUAAAUGAUAUUGGCAUAUUGGUCCAGUGAGUGUUAUCAAAAUCUAUAUUUGCCCUGUAUUUACAGCUUGAGUUUUAUUGUCCUUAACAAUAUAUAUAUAUAUGAUUUUUACUUCCGGUUUUUCAAAUAUUCCUAUAUAAUCAAUGGGCUCUUUCUUAACACUUCAUGUAAUUAUGCAUUUUCUGCAAUACACUCAUCUUAAAAAUGUAAUUUUGUUUUUUGUUGUAUGAAUACAGAAUAGCCCUUCGGUAAUGUACCUGAAUAAGCCCAAUUAUCCUGCCUGUCAAAACACUACAUUCCCCUCCUGUAUAAAAGGCAUUGGUCUGACCCACAGUGCUGAAUGUUGCUGCAGUAUUUGAGCCCAUACUAAUGUGAGAUACAGCUGUGGUUUACUUCUGUGGUAAUUCUGUGCACAGCUGUUUUUAUAAGUUUUCUUGUUUGCUUGUUUCUGUGAAAGCUUGUGAGGCUUAUGAACACCUUGAUAGAUAGAUCUGAAAAGCUGUAUACGGCUUCAUAAUGGUGGGGGAACAAAAGGCACAGUUACAGAUUGUUUAAAUAAAACGUUUCACCUCAGAAACCUACAUGUAUGAUUUUUGAGCACGCAGACACACUUCUAGUUAUCAUUUUAAUGCUCUAAUUCAGGUAUUCGUUUCUUAUUGACCUUGAAAUAUGAUAAUCUGUUGGGCACUCGUGACAAGCUAUGAUAAAAAAAAUUAUUAAAAAAAAAAAAGACUUCUGACAUUCCGUUAUGUACCAGUAUCUGUUGAUUUUAAGUGUUAAAAAUGUGUGUUUGCUGUUUUUAUUGUUCAUUUGGGAGGCAAAUAGGACAUAUUUAAUAAGGCAUGUGCAAAGAUUUAACAUUAUUUUUGAGUAAAAGGUAAGUACUGUACAGUAUAUUUACAUAUUUCACUGGGUGACUGGAACAACCCCCUCAGCUACUCACUGGACAUUUAUUUUGUAUGCAGUAUUUUCCUUAUUUUAAAGAUGUAUUUAUUAUAAUAUGUAUGUGUACAUACAAUUACGUCUUAAAUGAAUUAUGUUUCUGAAUGCAUAGCAGUAAAUGUAUAUCAGUGUAUCAAACAACAGCAAAGUAUUCAGAGAGGAAUACAAUCCUUGUUGAGGCCUAUACCAGUAAGAAAUGACUCACCACUCCCCUUCCAGACACACUUUCUGUUGUCUCCUGCUAUUCCUUGAUGAACGUCACCAUGGAUGAAGUACAAGAUCCCUGCAUCCAAUCACCACUGAUUCAACUGAGGUGGUCCAGCCCCUGCUCCUGCACUCCGCAUAUGGGAAUUUCCUCUGCUCACAUGACCACAUCAUUGCAUAUCUAAAUGGACUGAGAAGGUUACUGCAGCCUCUUGUCCACUCUGUCCUUGUUUCUGCCCUGUUGUCACUCAAAAUGCUCCAACAAACCCUUUAUCUCAGUACUGUACUACUAUGUACAUAUAAAUAUUGAGGUAAAGGGUUUGCAUUGUAAUUAUUUUGGUGGUUUCUUCAUUUCAAUGUAAUAUUAACAGGUUUACAGAUUAAUUUAAUUACCUCAGCAAUCGAUUGUACCAUAACUGGCUUUUUUUGGAAUUGUAUGCAGCGUUAUCAAUUUAUAGUUGAACACAAUUAUCAUAGUUUUGUCAAUUUCGACUAGGUGCUGUACCUUUAGAAGCUGUUAUCGGAUAGAGUCCCAAUAAUCAAAAAUAAAUCCUAAAGACAGACAAAUGUUACUGCAAUAGGGUGCUGAAUGCAAGCUGAUAUUCGCUUUGUUCGCUGGCCUGACAGCACAGAAUGUCUGAGAAAUGGACUUUCAUCUUGAUUAGAGGUAGCCACCGAACGCUUAUAAAUAUACAUUACAAUGUCUCACGUUCGGUUUAUCCCCUCGGGUUUUCCUCAGUAAUAUUUAUUUCAAUGCAAUAUGUCGAUACCACCACACGGUGGCAUCACAACACAAAAGUUCUCACUGCAACUAGUUCUGAGUGGAGAAGCGGAGGUCUAUUUCCUUUAAAACAGGUGUAUGACUCUGAGCGAAAAUGUGAUCUCAAGUUCAUAGAGGCCCAGUGUUUAUGGGAACAUCGGGGGAGCAGCUGAACAGAAUCUAUCACUGAGAGGUCAUAUUCCAAUAUCUGCAGAAGCCACCUAGUGUCCAGAUGACCACAGGAUAAGCGAUUGAAGAAUACGCAUUGGAGUUUAGUUUUGUGGCAAUUGUCUUCCAAUCUUUUACACACCAUGUCAAAAUCACUAAUAGAAUGCUUUAAAUGUUAAAAUAAAAACAAUUCUGUGGGUAAUUAACGUUUUUAUUUUCCACUGCUGAACUGAAGGAUAUACUUUAGAGGGUAUAUGCUUACUUAAUAACAUAAAAAUCAUUAAGCUAUUAGUGAUUGCAAACUGUGGCGAGACUAAUACUUGCACACAUUGUUCAAUGUUAAACAUCCUUUUGUUAAAGAUUUUUUCUGAAGUUGUGCUAGCACAGUAACAAUGCUGAGCUUUCUCCAGUACUUUAGAUCAUGUGCUACAAUUCACAAUGUAACUAGAGGUGGCAAAUAAAAAACGAUUUUUGUCUGGCACGUAAUUAAACGAUAAUGAAUGUGUGAUGGGUCAGAAUUGUAAUAAACAUCAAGGAAUGCUGAA